AUGGAACAUUUUCUAACAACAGUUAAACGAAGAGAUGACAGGCGAUAUGAAGAGUGUAUGCCUUGGAUUGAAGGUCAUCCCCCUUUAUCAUCCAACUUCGAUUUAUCCUAUAAAAGACUCCUCCACACUGUGAAAAAGUUGAAAAAGGAUAAUUUCUAUAACGUCUACGAUAGCGUCUUCGACAAUUGGUUAGCUGAAGGAGUUAUAGAAUGUUCGUCAGAAAAUGAACCUCUUGAAACAUCAUCUCAGUCUGGUCAUUUUUUACCUCAUCAUCCAGUAUAUAAGCCCAGUAGUACCACAACACCUGUACGUCCAGUUUUUGAUGCUUCGUCAGGAGCAAAGAAUCAACCAUCUUUGAAUCAGUGCCUUGAGAAAGGAAUCAACCUCAUUGAAUUAAUUCCAUCUAUGAUUCUACGUUUCCGCUUGGAUAAGAUAUGA